CUAGCUUCGUGAACAGAAGUAAACAACAAACUCAAUAGGUAAUAGUGCUUCUUCUUAUUUGUGAACCCGAUAUUUUUGUUUUAAUUACUUGUUGUAUUAAACAAUUUGACACAAUGUCUGAUUCAUCAGAAGAAGAAGAUCUUUCUCGUUUUAGGGAAGUAGUGGACACAUCGUUUACCAAAUUAAUAAACGAAUCACGCGGGCAUACUACAAAAGACAUUCAUGAAAAUUAUAAAGAAAAACCUAAGUCUGAAAGAUAUUUGGAGGUUGCAUCCCAUUACAACGAUGUUAAAGUUCCCGAAGAAAUGCAGAAACGAAUUGGUGCUAAAGUGUCUGCUAUUAUACAAAAGAAAAUAGAGUUUGUGGACAUUCAGAAUGAAGCAAAAAAAAGAAAGAUUAAAGGUGGUGUAAAACUAUUUAGUAGUUCUGAAGGGUUUUUGUCAUGUGAAGAGGUGAAAGACAGUUAUACUGAUACUCAUAAUGCGGAAUCAAAAAAACUCAAAAAUAAAAGAAGACAAAUUGACUCUGAAGAUAAUGUAACUGAAAAUGAUAAAAUUCAAGCUGCUCUUGUGGACGGAGAGUACAUUUUAUCUAAAGAAGAAACAAAACUAUGGAAGUCCAGAAGAAAAGAGAAACUUUUUAAAUAUAAAGGUAAUAAGAAAAGUAAAGUUUUAACCGAAGUAACAUAGAGUAUACAAAUUUGAA